CGCGUGCGAUAUAUAUAUCGGCCAUCAUCCGAGGAUUCCAAGCGUGGCGAACAGUAUGAAUUACGUGACUUCGAAGCCGUGUCAACAAGCAUCGGGCUCGCCUUCUUAGUCGCCCCACUACCUUAGCGGGGUGCCGCUUGCGGUCCCCUCGUCUGGACCAGGGACCCUCGAGGCCCCGGCAGGUGUGAGAGUGUUUCCAUUCACUGCGAAGUGGCAGCUAGGAAAGUAACGACCAAGACGGUUUUCCUUAGCGAGCAGUGUUUUCAAACGGUGAAUUAAUAGUGAUUUACAAUUCUCGACAAGGCCAACCUCGAGAGUCUCAAGAUUUAAAUAUCAAACUUGUUUUCCGCGUUAAAAGAGCUAAAAAAAAGUGAUACUUUAAUCUCCGGAGAUAAAGUAAAGAUACUUCAGUCCCAGAAUAAUGACAAUUUUAUAUGGUAAACACGUGGUGGAAAAGUUGAAGGAGUAAUAUAAUGUGAAUGUGAAAGCGUAAUUAAACUCGCGGCGAAGUUUUGUUGAAACCGAGAAAACUGCCCGAAAAGAAUCCUAAAUUCUCAAAGGAGACACGAAGCUGAAUGUCGCUAUCAUGGUUUUCUUCGGAAGAAAAGAAAAGCUGGAGGAUCGGCGAUUGCUGGCCAGCAUGGAUGCCAUGAACGGCUCGAUAAUUCAUCAAAUCGACAACGCCGCGUUCAUGCACGUGCGUGACAACAUUGAGGAGUUGGGGAAAGUCGCCGACGACACAGACCUGCUGUUCCUGAAGGGCCUUCUCGACAGCCCGGUCGUUACGUCCCUCGUGAAGGUGCAGGAGCGUCUCGAGGACCCGCCGGUGCCUGUAGAGCCGGUAUGCUCAUCCGUCUGUGACAUCGUCGACGAAGUGUGCCACGCCUUCCAAGCUUCCAGGGAUUCUCACGUUAAAGAGCUAGUGAAUCUUCUCGGUAACGUACACCUAAGGGCGCUCCUAGAGACACACGACGCGGUCGUAGAACGUAGGGAAGCGCCUUCCAAACCGUCUGAUCCGCUCGCGUUAACGAUGCCGACGAAUAAGAAGGAGGUAAUGCCUAUCAGGGUCGUCGGCCUUCGGAGGCAACCGGAUGAACCCCUGGGUCUGACGGUGCAAGUGGAUGAAGCUGGAAAUAUGAUCAUCGCUAGGAUUCUUGGUGGUAGCACAGCAGCUCGUCAAGAACUUCUGAAGACCGGCGAGGUAAUACUCGAGGUCAACAGUAAGAGAGUUCGAAACCCUGAAGAACUUCAACAGGCGAUUCAGGACGCCAAGGAGAAUCUAUCCUUGAAACUGGCUCCAGGCAUCGCUUCGGAAACGAAUCAACCUCUCAAGUCCACGUGUUACAUGAGGGCCCUCUUCGAUUACGAUCCAUCGGAGGACACGCUUCUGCCCUGCCGGGAAAUCGGUCUACCUUUCCAGAAGGGCGACAUCCUUCAAAUUGUUGACCAGGCUGAUCCGAAUUGGUGGCAGGCGCGAAGAGUGGAGGGCGAGAAUCUUGGAUCGCCCGGAUUGAUACCCUCGUUGGAGCUGGAAGAGCGCAGAAAAGCGUUUGUACCGCCCGAAGCCGAUUUCGUUCAUAAAAUCAGCAUCUGCGGUACUAGGAUAUCUAAGAAGAAGAAGAGAAAGAUGUAUCAAUCCAAAUCGAACGGCGAGUUUGACAGUGCCGAGUUGCUUCUUUACGAGGAAGUCGCUCGGAUGCCGCCGUUUCGACGCAAAACUUUGGCUCUGGUCGGGCCACGCGGCGUAGGUCGUCGGACCCUGAAGAAUAGGUUGAUCAACAGCGAUCCCGAAAAGUUCGGCACUAUCGUACCCUACACAUCGAGACCGCCUAGAGUUCUCGAAGAGGACGGCAAGAGUUACUGGUUUACCGAUCGCGAGUCCAUGGAGAUCGAUAUCAAGGAACACAGGUUCCUGGAACACGGUGAACACGGUGGACAUUUAUAUGGCACGAAACUGGACUCUGUGCGGGAACUGAUCAGAGCCGGCAAGAUGUGUGUGCUAGACUGUAGUCCGGCUGCACUCAAAAUCCUUCAUAAUAGCACCGAGUUUAUGCCUUAUGUCAUAUUCAUCGCUGCGCCCGGAAUGGAGCAGCUGAAGUCUUUAUACGAUCUCGGGAGAUCGACUGGUGCCAGCAAUCGAAAUCUAACGUUCGACCGCCAGAGUUCCAUCAGGUACAGCUCGAGAAGAGCCAGGACACUGGAGUCUCUUGCAUCUUUAUACGAGGAGGACGAUUUAAAAUCCACGUUGGAGGAAUCCGCGGCCCUGCAGAGAGCCUAUGAAAAGUACAUCGACCAGGUGAUUGUAAAUGAAGACUUUGACAAUACAUUCAGGCAGGUGAUCGCAGCUUUGGAUGCCUUAGCCACGGAGCAUCAGUGGGUGCCGGUCAAUUGGAUCUACUAAUUAAAUUCUGAAUUCAGUGUUCGACAUCGAAAGACUCGAGAGUCAAGGGCUGCUAGAAAUUUUAGCGCGAAUAAAAGAAAAAUUUGUUUAUUACUGCCCACAUCACGUACGAAAACUGCAAGAUUACAUUACGAGAAGUGAUAUUCAGAAUCAGGCUCCAUUUGUCGCGCGGCUAGGAAAACGCAAGGCACGUGUAAUCAGAGUACAAAGAAUGCUACGAAUAUCUCACGCCGCGUGAAGCGAUAUCGACGUUGUCGCGUAAAAAGCGCGGCCAAGAAUCUCAUUAUUAUCGUUUAUCAUAAUUAAAUACAGCGUUUACGUUAGUUUGUUAUAGAUUUACAAACGACCCGUUUUGCAUACGGAAUCUCAUUAAAAAUCCUUGUUUCACACAUUAUACAUUAAAUCAUAAUGUAUAGACUUACAGAGAACCGCAAAUCUUCUCAAUCAUUUGUCCUUGAUAGAUCGACAUAACGAUAAUGAUAUGUGAGACUGGUUAUACUCAAAAAUGGAAAAUGAGUACUUUUUUAUAAUUAAAAAUCAUAUCGCACGCUGCAUUUUUACUGCCAAUCUCGACAACGACUGUAGAAGCAAUUCGGGUCGAUUGAUGUGUUAGACCGCCGUCCAGUUAAUUUUAGUGUAUUUUUAAUUUAAUUAACGAUAACUGCGUAUAUAUAUAUACACGAUCAUUUAUACUUAUUCGACUCCGCUAUACACCUUUCUCGUUAAUUCUGUUUCGUGUUUCAUUUUGCUGUUCGUGCACGCUAAAGUAAUAUUCCUGGCAUUGAGUGCCUUAAUAACGCGAAGAUUACAGGCGGUAUUCAUAUUCGGUUCUUAUUUUAAGAUCGUCUUAAGAUGCUAAUACGGCUAUCUGAUUGGUUCAUGGACAUAUCUUAAGAGUGUGACGUAUUUAAGACGGUCCUGAGGUCCGACUAUGAAUAUUGUCCUACAAUUGAUUUAAUGCGAAGAUCUACUAUGUCGACUUGACAGACUCAUCUUGGGUGUCAUGAUGGAUAAAACUAACAUUGCCUUUUUUCUAACGUCUCCGACGGACAGUCGCAUAUUCACGCAUAUACAUCCACACGUAUACACAUUCGAAUUUUUUAAUUCACAAUAUGCAUCUUCAGAAAAAAAAAUACUUGUAGAUUAAAAGAGUCGCUUUGUACACAGAAUACAACUAUAAAUAUAUAUGUAUAUUAAAUCGAGACACCUGUCCUGAAGAGCAACGUGAUGCACGAUGUGGAAUAAAGUUUAUCGAGCAUUUGUUACGGAUUAGAAUUGUGCAACGAAUGAAUUAUUAUUUCAGUAUUCCUGUCCUUGCUCCUUUUUCAGGGCUCGGCGAAAGGACUUUA